AGGAGGAUUCCACAGGGUUUGGAUGGAAGGAGCGUUCCCGGGGGGCAGGAUGGCCGAGGGGCUGGUGCUGUGCGGGGUCCUGGUGCUGUGCGGGGUCGGGCUGGUCCCGGCGGAGGGGCCGGCAGAAGUUCCUACACCAGCACCUCCAUUUCGCAAGGUGGAUGUCCCCCUGGGCUGCUCCUACGUGGGGGAAGAGGAGAGGGGCUUGCUGCGUGCCACAGGGGGCUCGUCCUCUGAACAUCCAGCUACCCUCCUGCUGAGGGGGCUCAGCGUCAGAGACGAGGGGAACUUGGAUGAUCUGACCAAGUACAAAGUCCCACAGGGAAGUCCUGACUCUUCUCCCAUUGUGUUUGAAGCCUCAGGCGAGUUGGUAUCCAUCCCACAUGCAGAGUCCCUGCUGCACGCAGACUGUGAAGGGGAGGAGGUGAACUGCGAGAUCUCCCCAUACAGCUCCCGCUGGGCUCCUGGUGAGAAGCCCUGCAGUACCUCCUGGUUCAUAGCCACCCUGCGCCUCUCCAGUGGGAUCAGUAUCGUCCUGGUGCUCAGAGGACCCCACUGCAGCAGCCAGGAGGAGGAGCACGAUGCAACACUGCACCCAAAGCUGAGGAUUCCUAUGAGCAAGGAAGGAACGUUGCUGACCACAGUUGAAUUUCAAUCGUCGUCACGCAACACCUCCCUGCACGCGCAUCUUGGUGGCUCAAUCACCCUCGACUGCCGCUUUGCCUUGGCUCCCAGCUCCUCGUUCUCCUCCCUGGAGUGGAGGAGGCAGCAUCAAGGCAGCGGCCGCAGCCUUUUCCGGUACCAGGUGGGGAGCACAGGCCCGGCAGCGCAGCCGAAUGUCCAUGUGGAUGUGAAGGAGCUGCUGGGGAGUGGAGAUGCAUCACUCAGCCUGCGAGGAGUGAGCGUGGCAGACGAAGGGACGUACAUCUGUUUGCUGUCCACACCGCUGCACCAGGUCCAGCACAACAUCCAGCUGCUUGUGGCCGCGCCUCCAAGAGUUCGUGUCAUUCCAGAAGUGGUGUCGUUAGAGAGAGAUGUGACGACUACUCUGACCUGCAGCAUUGCUGGCUAUUACCCACUGGAUGUCUCGGUGAGCUGGACACAGAAGACUCCUGAAGAUGACGUGGAAAUCCCUCUCUCAAACGCACGUUUCUCCAGCCACCGGCAAAGCCAAGAUGGCACCUACAGCAUCACCUCAUACCUCAGCAUCAGCUCAGCCACAGCGCGGGCACCAGCCACCUACAGCUGCCAUGUUUCACACAUGGCCCUGGCAGAGCCCAUCUCUGUGAGCUCCCAUCUUAUGGCACCAAGUCCAGGGCAAACAGGAUCAGGACUGGUGGGGGGUAUCAUUGCUACGGCCAUUUUCAUUGUCGUCCUCUACAUUGUGCUCAGGAGCAGAGCAGCUAAGCCAAAGUCUGAGCAACUUCUAAGGGCUUCAGAAUAGAAGGAACCCUUGUGUCACCCACCUGCACUCUUUUCCCUCCCAUCUCUUGACACAUCCUGCUCAGGAGAGCCAGCCCUGUCCAAAUAUUAACAGAGCUUUUGGUCUGUAUGGGAGGGGUACGACUGCCCUUGGUGGAGGAGCUGAGUGACAAGUCAGAGGUGGACUCACAGAAAAACGUGUCUUCAUCUUGGGAGGGCAACAUGGUUAGCCUCAGCUCUUUGCUGAGUUGCUGUGUUAGAUGCAUCAUGCAUACGUUUUUAGAAAUGCUUCUUCUCUGGUUUCAGGGAAAAUUAAAUUGUAUAUAGGUGAGUGUUUGUAUGACUGUAUAUAUGCAUGUGUAUAUACAGAUAUAUGUAUGUAUGUUCAUGUUGUAAAUAGCAGUUUACACACCUUUGUGUCUGUAGAUGUAUAUAGGUACAUUUGGUUAAUGCUGAUGAGGCAAGCGUUUAAG